AUGUCCGUAGUUAACACAACCACCUCUCUCGACUCGAUAAUUACCAUCCAUCCUCUCGAUUCCACUCGUGUGAAUGAUAUGGUUUCCAUCAAUUCGAUUGUACUUCCUGUUUCAUAUCAUUCCAAAGUGUAUGAUCAAAUGGUUUCCGAUCGUUUAUCGUUCAUUGCCUAUUUGAAAACUGAAAGUAAUGGCAGCAGUGGUGAGAAAGAAAUUCCUGUUGGAGCCAUCGGUUGCAUUCUCAAAACAGAUGUCCAUGCUUCACCGGAUCAUGUGGGUCUCUGUAUUGCUUCAUUGGCUGUUUUAGCGAAAUAUAGAUCUAAAGGAAUCGGAGCAAAAUUAUUGGAACGUGUGAUGCAAGCUCUUGAUGAAUGGUUGAAAGCCUCCUCUUCUUCUCUGGAAAUUUCUUCUAAUCAUCAUGAAGAACCACUGCAAGAAGAAUCAUUGAAUUCCACCUCCUCUUCCUCCGAAUUUAUUGUCUAUUUACAAACUCAAACGAAUAAUAGAGAUGCCAUCAAGUUCUAUGAGAGGCAUGGAUUUCAAGUAUUGAAAAAAGUUGAAAAUUUCUACAAGAGACUCACUCCUCCGGAUUGUUUUGUGUUGGUUCUCAAACGGAAGAUUGAAAGCAUUCAGAAUCAAAUUCUCAAGUAA